AUGGCGCAAGUCUGGUGGAAUAUCGACAUUACGCACUUCUAUCUCGUCGACCACGGGCUACUCUGCCACUUUGUCGUGCCGCAGUACAAUGUCCAUGGGAAUUAUUUAAUCGGAGACAGCAAAGUUGAGCCAUUCCCCACGACACCAACUAACUGCGUGAGUGACAGCUACGCUGUGGAGUUGUACUUCUACCAUGGUAGUAUCGGAUACUAUUCCUUUUAUGAAGAAGUGGCUGGUACCUACUGCUCUAUCGAUAAAACGGUGUAUGGACUCGUAGGCGGACUCGGAACGUACGAUUUGAACGGCUACAACUUGGCAAACGACGCUGGGAGUGAGGGGUACCGGUGGUCGUACUGGUACUGCUCUGUUGCGGAAGGUCUCAUGAGCGAUCUGUUCCUACUCGUCGCCAACGAUGGAGUUUUCGCCUGGGUCCAGUAUAUUUCACUGGGAUACAACUUAUCUGGUGUGCUUCUGCUACUGUUCGAGCUCCUGGAGAACAUGGGGUGGAUGCGCGAGAGCUCUCGAUUGUUUAUCAAGAGGUUACUACUCAGCUACGAGUCGGCAUUAAUCGGAGAGCUGCUGAGCGCAAUAUGCCAGCCUCAUUUUCUCACAGCGCUCAAUAGAUCGGAGCUUAAGAACUCUGGUUCUACCGCUAAAGCUGCGUCCUACUACGUCUGGAGCUUGGUGGGUCACGGCGUUUUCGUGCUGGUUCUCAUCGGAUUCAUCAUGUCGAUACGGAUAUUACGAGCUGUUAGCUAUGUGCGCUGGAAACAUGGCUGCUCUUGGGCCAUUUUCACGGCUCCGUGCUGCGUGGACAAUACCCUCAGUAUGCGCAACAAAAUGACUAUGUUGGGAGGCUACCGCUGGGAGAAUGGUACGCUGUUCUACAAGGUAGAAGCUCUGAAGGCGUUCGGAUUGCUAAAGGUGGAGGAAGAGGACGGCACGGAGUUGCUGGAGACGGUGGUGCGUCAGCAGAUCCUCAAGGGCAUCAGUGGCGUCUUCAACGCGGGCACAAUGACGCUCGUGCUGGGUCAGCCUGGACCAGUCAAGUCGGCGCUCCUGAGGAACGUGGUGUUCGAGGACGAAGUCACCUACAACGGCACUUCAGACCAGCACGGGGCUGGACAGCGCAGCUACCUGCGACAUCAUCAGCAGGUAGCGCAGCAUCGCCCCAAGACCUGCCACAAGGCAGUGGUCAUUUCACUACUGCAGCCUUCCCCUGAGGUUUUUGCUCUCUUCGAUGACGUCCUGCUACUGAACGACAGUGAGGUGCUGUACCAUGGCCCUCGAGCGCAAGUGUACAAGUGCCGAGUGAAUGUACGCGGCAGGACGCACCCACGACUGCCGGUCGAGUUUGCGGAGGCGUUUGCUCGCUCGGGUAUUCACAUCGUGAGGCUGACGGAGGUGUGCAUGCCCCAAGAUGCUGCGACGGCUCAAGAUGUGGAGACUUACGUGAAGGUUGUACAGGAAUUCCACCAGACGUUUGGGUGA